AAACCCUACAGUCAUGGCUGACACGAUGAUACUCCAAAUCCUCGGUAGUCUCUCUAGAAACCCUAAAUUCAGGAACACGAUGAUACUCCAAACCCUCCGCGCUGACCUCCGGCGGAUGUAUUUGAACAAACUCCACUUGGUGAACAAUGAAGAUGAUGGUAACUUGCGUUACGCCUUCUACUUUGGCGAGGAUGUGGGUUUUAAUCUGGUCAGAACAUGGGAGAAAACCUUGUUGGCUGCGAGGGCCGUAGUUGCAAUCGAUGAUCCUAAGGCCAGUCUCAAAAUUUGCUGAAGUAAUUGGUGCUACUGUCAUUGCAGAUGGACGUCGCAGUCCCAAGACUUUUGCUCAACGACUCCAUGAUUCAUCCCUUAAGCCUUGCCUCUUAAUCGUUGCUGAUCCAACAACUGAUCGCCUGGCUAUCCAAGAAGCAUUCCUGGCUGACCUCAACAUCCCUGUCAUUGCAUUGUGUGGCAGUGAUUCCUCAUUCCGCCAUCUUGACAUUGCUAUUCCUGCAAACAACAAGUCAAAGCAAAGUGUUGCCUAUGUUUUCUGGCUUUUUGCAAGGAUGGUUCUUCAGAUUCGUGGGGAAAUUCCACAAGGACACAUCUGGCCCGGUGUUCCGGUUGAACAAUUUGUGUGUGACGAUAGACUUGAGGAGGAGCAACCUGCAGAAGAGGAGGAGAAAGUACCUGAACUGGAAUUGUUACCGGUGCCGGACUUGCCACUUCCAUGGCCAUGGGGGCCGCGGGAUAAUGGAGACAACCCGCCACCUGCUUCAUGGGGAACUACUAUUUGUCCAGGAGAUCUUUUUGCUCGAUACAUGUUGCAGCAUGAGCGUGAGCGUCAGCAAGAUAGCGAAGCUGAAUUGGACCCUGAAGAAGAAUACCAUGGAACAACCAAUAUUGAAGAAGAGGAGGACCACCUAGGGCAUGCAGAUUGAAAUUGUGAUUUUGUGAAUGUUGUAGUGAUCUUAUGGCUUUGUGAAUGUCGUAGUAAUCUUAUGGCUGAUUGAAAUUGUGGGGAUAUUGUGGUAA